UCAGUUUCUUGCAACUGUUGCCAAAGUAAAUCACUUCAUAUUGGUUACUUCAUUGGGAACAAACAAAUUUGGUUUUCCUGCAGCUAUUCUCAAUUUAUUUUGGGGAGUCUUGUGUUGGAAAAGAAAGGCAGAAGAAGCAUUGCUAGCAAGUGGACUUCCAUACACAUGACAAUCCCAUCUGCGAGAUUCAUCCAAAAAAUGUCCAACCUACCUGACAUAGCCGAAGCUCCUGCUGAUUUCUUGAAUGCCAAAGCUCGUGAUGGUGUUGCAAAUGGUGACGAUGCUGAUAAUUACAUCGAACCUGCUAAAGAUAUGAACCAUCGCUACGACAAGACGCAUCCUGAUAUUCGUCCUUACUCCAUGAUGACAAGAACAGGGUAUAUGGAGUACAAUCCCAUGAAAAAUCGAGGGAAGCUACCGGAAAUUUAUGCACGUGUUGUUGGUCAGUACAUUGGUGAUACAUUUUUUUUACAGGACAUCAACGAAAACCAAAUCCAAGUAUCUGUACUCAAAAAGAACAAUUCAGAAAUAUAUUUCACUCAUGGCUGGUCUCGGUUGAGAGAUUUUUAUAACAUCAACGCUGGCGCUUGGAUUACUCUUUUGCUCAUCAGUCCUUUUGUUUUUUCAUCCGGGUUCGAUUCAUUACUGGCAUGGAGAUCACCUAUCCUCAUAAAACUCCUCCAUAUAAACUCAUGUUGGAAAAACCUUUUCUUGAAUCAUCUUCAAAUGGACCUAUUCCCUACUUUGUUCUUCCAAGAGUUUUUGCACAUAGUCUUGAGAAAACUCUCACUAUUUCUGAUGUCCAUACUGGGACUUUGACGCUCUAUUGGAGAGGUUUCUGUCAAAAUGCACUGCCUAAUGAGGAGACUCAACUCAGAUUAAUUGAUUGGCUUGGUAAUACAUGGAAUCACUGUGAUCUCAAGUUUGACAAUGCCCCUUAUAUCAACUGCAAGAUUUCAGGUCAAUGGGGAGAUGUUUGCAAGGUGCAUAAUUUGGCUAAGGAUGUAGUUGUUAAAUUUGGCGUUACUGAGGCAUCCAACAAUAGGACCAUUUACUUUAAGCUCACCCCUUUCAUUGGUGUUAGAACUACCCUCCAUGCUCCUUCCACAUCCAGCAAUCGGAAGAAGUUCUACCAAAGCCAGUACUAUUACAUGCUCUAGAUUUCCUAAACUCCUUUUGGAACUUUUUAUGUAAUAUGUGGAACAAAAUUGAAUUUGUCUACUUUUUGAGUUUUUUCAUCUUGCUCUGAUGCUUUGAGUCUUAUAGUGGAGUUCUCUAACAAAGACAUGCUUUUUUAAAGGCCAUUUAAUGACUAUGCUUUGUAGGAAAUAUUAUGAUAUCAAUGAUAUUACCAAUUUGAUCAAAA